GAAGAAGAUCAUCAAGCUAUGACGCGUUCCGUAUAAAUAAAGCCAAAUCGUAGAUAGCGGUGUGUGCACUCAGGAGUUGUUAGCAGUGGUUCCGGGAUAAAUUCGUUUUCAUUGUUUCGAACGUUGGGCUGAGUGUGUUUUUUUCUAACGAUGGGAAAAGAUCGUUGUCUCAACAUUACGACCAUCACCGCAAGGGAUAUCCGCUGGCCAACAUCCCUGGGUGCGCACGGUUCCGACGCGAUGCACACGGAUCCGGAUUACUCGUGCGUUUACGUUACGAUCGGUACGGCCGAAGGUUUGGUCGGUUACGGUAUGACCUUCACUCUGGGACGUGGUACCGAUAUCGUACUGUUAGCGGUCCGCGCAUUAAAGCAUCUCGUGGAGGGUCGCACCACGGCCAGCAUCUUCGAACGGUUCGGUGCCUUCUGGCGGGAGUUAACGAGCGAUUCGCAAUUACGCUGGAUAGGACCGGAGAAAGGUGUCACGCAUCUGGCGGUGGCCGCCAUCAUCAACGCCCUGUGGGAUCUGUGGGGUAAGCUGCGUGUCGUACCGGUAUGGUUGCUGCUCGCCGAGAUGGAACCCGAGGAACUCGUCUCUACGAUAGAUUUCCGGUACAUCGAGGAUGUCCUUUCACCGGAGGAAGCACUGCAAAUCCUUCAGCAGAGCAAACCAACACGAAGCGAACGAAUCGAAUGGCUCUGGAAGAACGGCUACAAGGCUUAUACCACACAGAUAGGGUGGCUCGGUUACAGCGAUGAAACCAUCCGUGGACUGUGCAAUAAAUACUUGGCUGCCGGAUUCACGGCGUUCAAGAUAAAAGUUGGACAAGAUUUGGAGAGCGAUAGAAAGCGGUGCAAGUUAGUGCGCGAGGAGAUCGGUUGGGAUAACUUACUGAUGGUUGAUGCCAACCAAACGUGGAGUGUACCCGAAGCGAUUGAGUGGAUGAAGUCGCUCAAGGAGUUCAAACCACUGUGGAUCGAGGAACCUACAUCUCCAGAUGAUGUGCUGGGUCACGCCAAGAUUGCUGAAGCUCUCCGGGAACAUGGCAUUGGAGUAGCUACCGGGGAGAUGUGCUGCAAUCGAGUGAUGUUUAAGCAGUUCAUGCAGGCUAACGCGCUGGAAUUCUGCCAGAUCGAUUCGGCACGCAUAGGAGGAGUGAACGAAAUUUUGUCCGUCUACUUAAUGGCAAAGAAACUGAACGUGAAAGUAUGUCCCCACGCUGGAGGAGUCGGGCUUUGCGAGAUGGUGCAGCACCUGCAGAUGUGGGAUUUCUGCUCCGUUUCGUGUACGAUGGAAGGCCGCAUGAUUGAGUUCGUUGAUCAGCAGCAUGAUCAGUUUACCCAUCCCGCAACGAUUAACGAGAAGGCCUGCUAUACAGCACCGACUGCACCAGGUUACUCGACCGAGCUGAAAGAGUCGGCUAUCGAACAAUUUGUCUAUCCAACCGGUACCGAGUGGCAGCGCAUGUUUGCUGCAGGAACGUUUAAAAAGGAAAAUUAUUAACAUCCCUACGAACAUCGUUACAUUACGCUGCUCCAUUCUGAAUAGUCUUCUGAGAAAAAAAAAACAAAAUAUUUGGCGAAUAAAUAAGAUGUGUUACGAAUCAUUGGCAAACCGAAUGCUGCUUCGAGUAAAGAAACUUACGCAAAGAUA